AUGCAUUCUCUUACUAUGGUGCCAGCUUUACUCACUGCUCUUGCGGCAAUGACUAGUGGAACAUUGCUAUCUCCUCGAAAAGAAAUAUUGUCAUGUCUCUGCGAAGAUGAAGCAUGGAAUAUCACAAGGCGAUGGCUAGGCGUAUUCUCGACUCCCGGUGUUUCUAGCAAGGCGGAGCUGGCCACAAUCGUCUCUCAGAAUCUCACAAGCUACGAUGACACUUUUGGUCCUCCUACCAUCGGAAUCGAUCAACUCUGGGACGCCCUGACAGCAGGCGGCAACGCCACAACAGCCAACGUAACGCAAGCACCCAACUUUAUUCUGCACACUUGCGACCAAAUUGCAUACAACUGGCAAUACUCUGCCGUGACGACCGGCUACAACUCGUCAGUUUGGAAUCUUUACUGCAAGAUGGGAAUGAAGUGCUAA